AUGAUCACUUUAAAUGAAACCGAUUCUGAGAAUGUGUUUCUCUGCUAUCCACUCCUUCCAGACUCAUGUCCUAAAGUGCAACACCUUGCUGUAGUUAAAGUAGCAAUGUAUGCUUUAAUAGUGCUGAUGAUCCUCACAACAGUUUUUGGGAACCUGCUGAUCAUCAUCUCCAUUUCUCACUUCAGACAGCUUCAGUCUCCAACUCAUCUGAUUGUUCGCUCUCUGGCUACUAGUGACUGUCUGCUGGGCUCUUUGGUCAUGCCGUACAGCAUGGUGCGAUCUGUUGAAGGCUGCUGGUAUCUGGGAGAUUUUGUGUGUAAAGUUCAUUCUAGUUUAGACAUGACUUUUUGUAUCUCAUCAGUUUUGCAUCUUGGUGUAAUUGCUAUUGAUAGGUACAUGGCUAUUUGUGACCCUCUGAGAUACAGACUGAGGGUCACAAACAACACUGUGACUGUUUUUACAACCUUCACGUGGAUAUUUGCAUUUGUGUAUAGUUUUUCUGUUGUGUUUUCAGGGAUAAAUGCAGUUGGACUUGAGAUGCUUAUAUUGCAGACUUACUGUGUGGGAAAUUGUGUUUUGUUUUUUAACCAAGAGUGGAGUAUUAUAUGUCCAAUUCUCACAUUUUUUCUUCCUGGGACGAUCAUGAGCUCUCUCUACAUAAAAAUCUUCCAUGUUGCACGAAAACAUGCAAAGGUUAUGUCAGAAAGAGUGACUGGAGGGAUGAAGAGUCAAAGCUCUGCUCACAGAGAGAGAAAAGCAGCUAAAACUCUGGCUCUUGUCAUGGGUGUUUUCUUGUUCUGCUGGCUGCCUUUUUUUACUAUUAAUGCUCUUGACCCUUUUUACAAUUUUUGGACACCAGCUGUUGUUUUUGAUGCUGUAAUUUGGUUUGCAUAUUUGAACUCCACUUGCAACCCCUUGAUCUAUGGGUUUUUUUACCCUUGUUUUCAGAGUGCAUUUAAGAUUCUCAUUUCCACUUAUAUCUGUGGCACAAAAGAUUGUAACAAUUUGGUAUUUGAAUGA